AUGAGGCCCUCGCACCCCCUUUCCGAUCCUCCUCUCCUGCUGAGCAGCCCGGCCAGGGGCCACAAGUUCCACGAGUGCACGGACACGCACACAAAAGGGACCGGGCGUGUGCGCGACGAAGCUCUGUUCCGGCCUCAGAAGACAAGCCUUGGGCUGAGCAGUUACGACAGGGCUGAACAGAUGGGCCUGAAUGCAGCGACCGCGGCAUCCCUGGGAUUAGCAAAGUCCAGAAGGUGCCGGAAGUUGCAGGGACACCAACUUUGCUCGCUGCCCAGGCCCGGUAACACAAUCACCUGUUGGUCGCCUGGAGACGUUGGAGCCUCUGCAGCCCCUGCAGCCGCUGCAGCCCCUGGAGCCACUUCAGCCGCUGCAGCCACUGCAGCCCCUGCAGCCGCUGCAGCCCCUGCAGCCACUGCAGCCCCUGCAGCCGCUGCAGCCGCUGCAGCCCCUGCAGCCUCUGGAGCCGCUGCAGCCCCUGGAGCCGCUGCAGCCCCUGCAGCCCCUGCAGCCUCUGUGAGAAAUAAUCAGUGUCCUGAAGGCUGGAUUCGGUUGGAGAAUCGUUGUUUCUUCCUCAGUACGAUGGAAAUGAAUUUUACCAAAGCAGAGGCGACCUGCAACCAGUUUGGUGGGAAUUUGGCAUCCAUCCACAACCAAGUGGAGGCAUCAGUCAUUAGUGGGGUCAUCCUCAGUCAAGACAUUUCUUUACCGUGGAUUGGACUCCGAAAUGAGGAUGGUGUGCAUAGUGGUGAGUGGUCCAAUUUGUCUUGGACUGACCAAUCACAAGUUGACUUUCGUUUACGGCUGUCCAACGGUGGUGGAGAAUGUGGAACACAGAUUGUUAUCGACGCGGCAGCAGCAGCAGCAAAAGCAGCGGCAGCAGCAGCGGCAGCAGCAGUAGCAGCAGCAGCAGGAGAAGCAGCAGAAGCAGCAGUAGCAGUAGCACUAGCAGCAGCAGCAGCAGCAGUAGGAGCAUCAGUAGAGGUCUCCUUUUGGAGUUUCAGACCUUGCGACGUAAUCAGACCAUUUGUGUGUGCCAGAGACGUGUACCAGUGUGUAUCCAUCUGCAUGCAGGAGGUGGGGCUUUUGACUUUCCCGCAACAAGUACCUGUAAAUCCACUGUAAAAAACAACAACCAAAAAACAA